CUAGGAGUGACCAGAAUGGUACGGCUUGGAGUGAUCAGAAUGGUACAGCUAGAAGUGACCAGAAUGGUACAGCGUGGAGUGAUCAGAAUGGUACAGCUAGAAGUGACCAGAAUGGUACAGCUAGGAGUGACCAGAAUGAUACAACGAGGAGUGACCAGAAUGGUACAGCGUGGAGUGAUCAGAAUGGUACAGCUAGGAGUGACCAGAAUGGUACAGCUAGGAGUGACCAAAAUGGUACAGGUAGGAGUGACCAGAAUGGUACGGCUAGGAGUGAGCAGAAUGGUACAGCGUACAGUGACCAGAAUGAUACAACUAGGAGUGACCAGAAUGGUACAGCUAGGAGUGACCAGACUGGUACAUCUAGGAGUGAGCAGAAUGAUACAGCGUACAGUGACCAGAAUGAUACAACUAGGAUUGAUCAGAAUGGUACAGCUAGGAGUGACCAGAAUGAUACAACUAGGAUUGAUCAGAAUGGUACAGCUAGGAGUGACCAGAAUGGUACAGCUAGGAGUGACCAGAAUGGUACAGCUAGGAGUGACCAGAAUGGUACAGCUAGGAGUGACCAGAAUGAUACAGCUAGGAGUGACCAGAAUGAUACAGCUAGGAGUGACCAGAAUGAUACAGCUAGGAGUGACCAGAAUGGUACAGCUAGGAGUGACCAGACUGGUACAGCUAGGAGUGAGCAGAAUGAUACAGCUAGGAGUGACCAGAAUACAGCUAGGAGUGACCAGGAUGGUACAGCUAGGAGUAACCAGAAUGAUACAGCUAGGAGUGACCAGAAUGGUACAGCUAGGAGUGACCAGCUAAGUGAGUAG